GACUGAAAGACGUUGGUCGCAGACCGCAGCAAGGUGGUGUUUUUCAGUUUUGUGCUCAGUAGUUUAGAAUGCUCAAUGUCUCCAGUGAUGCCGUGGGGUAGUUUUGGAAGAGGACAUUUACGAGUGGACCACUGACCUCUAAGUAGAUCCCUAUGGGAAAUGGAAUGGGGCCUGGCUGGAUGCUGCAGAGGGACUGCUAUGUCCUGAGAGAGAAAGCGCUUUGGAGUUUCUCCCAUACUGUAGGCCUAAUACUACAUCUGCUUCUCUGCCUACACUGCUUGAGCAAGACGGCCUUCAGCACACCAAUGCAGCCGGCACGGUUUUCCCCAAAGCACAGACAUGCAGUUCUUUCCAUAGACUAUCCUCCUGAAGACGAGGCUAACCCAGUUACACAGGUGAUGUGGAAGAAAUUAGGAGAUAAGCCUAGUCGUAUUCUGGAACAACUGAAAAGUCACCAGUCGCCAAAGUAUUAUGGCAGAUAUAACAAUAGGACUCACUAUUAUUUUCAAAAUAACACCUUGAUAUUGGACAACAUUUUAGAAGAGGAUAAAGGCAUCUAUGAAGUAUCCGUAUUUUACAAGAAUAACACAAUAUGGACCAAGAAAUUGCAUCUGCGGUUCACUAUGCCUCCACCCGAUCCCAGAAUUAAAGUGGAGAUUAACGACUCCCAUGUAAUAUUGGUGCUGAGGUGUGAGGUGGAGAGUGGAAUGAAAUUGUCCUAUCACUGGCUGAAAAGUGGCCAGCUCAUCCUUCAAGAUGAGAGGCAUUCCCUGGUAGAGAGGAACUUGACCCUGCAGGUGAACAAUGUGACCAGUGCUGACUGUGUGAACUACACAUGUGUGGCAGCCAAUGGCCAGGUCCAGAGCGAGGGACACAUUCAGCUCAAAGGAAGUGCUAUCGAAUUGUGCUCACCGAGUCCUGCCCCUGACCUAAAUUUGAAAGUCAUUCUGUCCAUCACGGUUGCUGCUAUCUGUGUCUUUGGUGUAUGCAUCCUGAUCCUCUGCAUCACACACCAUCAGGAAAUAUGGCAGUGGUUAAGAGGCCGCAGCUGCAUCAAACAGCCUGCCACCGGCAGGAGCGGUCGCAAGCUCAACGUGACAGAGUGUCCCGUGUAUGAAGAAAUUUGGGAAGAACAGAUAUUGCCUGCAGCACAGGAGGCAGGGCAGCUGCUGUGUGUCUACACAGACUUCAUGCCAAACUGCCUUGGCGCAGGAUCAAUACAGGGGCCGGUGCCGAUGCCGAUUGAGGAUUUUGGCUAUUCCACCAUCCAGUCAGUGGAGCCACGGUCAUGCCGUCAAACGAAGGGCAUGUUUCAGCUGGAGCUGCCUUCAAUAGGCGAAAUGGGAGCACCUGAUGUUUUGACAUUAGGGAAAUAAAUGAGCAAUGCUGCUGGUGUUAUGCAUUCCUGCAAAAGAUGUUAUUGAACCAGAAUAUGCGUCUCAGGCGUUUGCUUGCUUUGCACCUGGAACUGUCAUCCAGCUGAAAUGAAGAAAAAAUGCUAAAGCCAGCUGUAAAGCACAAAAAUAUUUUAUUGAAUUUUGUACU